AGUACCUAAAAUGAAUUUCUCCUUUUAACCUUUUAUCAGCAAUUCAGGGACUGCAGCUCAUCUCACUCGACACUCCACACGCGCCCCCUUUCAUCUUCCAACAAACUCCUCAACUGUAGUUUUUCCUUUCCCCUUCCUUCUCCGGCCUUGCCGUCCACCACCGUCAUGCCCCCUCACCAUUCCCUCACACACCCACGCAGAGCUCCGAUUUCUGAAUAGAUUCGAGGAAAGCUCGAAAUUCCUAAGAGGUUCCCUCCCAAACUCUAAGAUCUGAGACUAGAGAGCGCUAGCAGUAGCACAAGAUACCGGACAUACAUUGGUACCCGAGCCAAACUAUCCAACAUUUCAAUUUAAUGGGUUAGAGCUCGGCUAACAUCCUUGUGCAUUAUUCACAUAGUCAAAAUUUGAUCUCCCUCUAUCUUCAGCGCAGUGGUACUACUAUUUUAUAUGGUAUUCUUUCCUAUGCUUCAGACAAUGGAUGGAAUAAAGAUUGGCAUCAUGACAACUUGACAAGGAGUGCUACAUCCUAAAAAAUUGGAGAGGAUAGUUGCGUAUAGGUAGUCAUCACUCAUGGCAUCUGCUGGCCUAGGACAUGGAGGAGCUGGAAGUUCAAGAUCUGCUAAUAAUGGCUUCAAAGUCUCAUCUAGUUCAGUUGACUGGUUGGGAAGAGAGAUGCUUGAAAUGAGAUUGAGGGACAGAGUGGACCCUGAUGAUGACAGGGACAGUGAACCUGAUGUAAUUGAUGGUGUGGGUGCUGAAACAGGGCAUGUAAUAAGGACCACCAUUGGUGGCCGGAAUGGUCAAUCCAAGCAGGUGGUAAGCUAUAUUGCAGAACACGUUGUUGGAACUGGUUCAUUCGGAGUGGUCUUUCAAGCAAAAUGCAGAGAGACUGGAGAAAUAGUUGCUAUCAAGAAGGUUCUUCAGGACAAACGCUACAAGAAUAGAGAGUUGCAGAUUAUGCAAAUGCUGGACCAUCCCAAUAUUGUAGCUCUAAAACAUUCGUUCUUUGCAAAAACUGAGAAGGAAGAGCUUUACCUAAAUCUUGUUUUGGAAUAUGUUCCUGAAACUGUUAACCGGAUUGCACGACAGUACAGCAGGAUGAACCAGAGGAUGCCUUUGAUAUACGUCAAACUUUACACAUAUCAGAUAUGUCGAGCCCUUGCUUACAUACACAAUUGUAUUGGCAUUUGUCACCGUGAUAUCAAGCCUCAAAAUUUACUUGUUAAUCCGCAUACACAUCAACUAAAACUUUGUGAUUUUGGAAGUGCCAAGGUUUUGGUGAAAGGAGAACCCAAUGUUUCCUAUAUAUGUUCAAGAUACUACCGUGCUCCUGAACUCAUUUUUGGCGCCACUGAAUAUACAACUGCAAUUGAUAUAUGGUCAUCUGGUUGUGUUAUGGCUGAAUUACUUCUUGGGCAGCCUUUGUUUCCUGGAGAGAGUGGAGUCGAUCAACUUGUUGAAAUAAUUAAGGUUUUGGGAACACCUACAAGAGAGGAGAUAAAGUGCAUGAACCCAAACUACACCGAGUUCAAGUUUCCACAGAUCAAACCCCAUCCUUGGCACAAGGUUUUCCAGAAGCGUCUGCCUCCGGAGGCGGUGGACCUUGUAUGUCGGUUUUUCCAGUACUCACCAAAUCUAAGAUGCACCGCUUUGGAAGCUUGUAUUCAUCCUUUCUUUGACGAACUGAGGGAUCCCAACACCCGACUUCCAAAUGGUCGCCCACUUCCUCCUCUCUUUAAUUUUAAAACUCCAGAGCUUUCGGGUAUUCCUCCUGAUACUAUUCACCGCCUCAUUCCAGAGCACGCGAGGAGGCAGAACUUGUUCAUGGCUUUCCACUCAUAGUCAGUGUAUCCUGCUAUCCGCUUUGGUACCAUAUUGCCUUUUACAUUUGUGCACUGCAUGUACUUGUUGUCUGUUAAGUUUCACGAACUAUUUGUAGAGGGGAAGAGUUUUUUGGUUUGAUGAAACUUAUAGCGCGACAGCAAUAUGGUCUCGAAACACUUUUCAACCGCCUGCGUAGUAGUCAGACUACAUACUAAGAGACUGGAGAAUGUCUUUUGUAACACAGUGAAAAGUGAAAAAUGCUUAUAGAUCUAUCAGUUUUGUGUUGCUUGUCUAUGUAAAUGGGUUGUUUGCAUUGCUAAAAGCCCUUCUCUUACGACCGUGGUAAGAUGUAUAUUGUAAAUUCCUACUUGUUCGUAAUUUCUGGGGAUUAUUUCUGAUUGCCAAAA